GAUUAGUUUAGUACCGCCACGAUGAGAAACGUUGCAUCAAGAAUGAUGAAGUAUGAUCCGAGUUCAACUCACAUAUAAACCAAAUGGCAUUGCCGUGAUGGAAGCUCUCAAUCAGAUUCAGACUCACAUACAAGACCAACCAACUAUCUCAUUAUACAUUACCAAUCACAACUUUCCUGUUCUCACUCAAUAACUUUUCAAAAUGUUCGCCCAGACUCUCAUCAAGACCACACUCCUCGCCGCAGUAGCAAUUGCAGCCAGUCUUCCCGUCAGACAAACGACACCCACCUUCCGCCUCGCCGCGAACGUAACCAACUUUGACCUCACGCCCUCCAUCCAGGGCCAAGAGCUCACCUACACCUCAACUGCAGACUGCGCAGCCAACGUCGUCUUCGGACCAGCCAGCCAGGGCGCCGAGUUCUACGCCUCCAGAACCACGGUUAACGUCGCCCACCUCUCUAGUGAAGACUCUUCUCCUUCGUCCGGGUUGAUCGUCACACCCGGCGGAACGGCGACGGUGCCGAGCGUGAACACCGUCCAGCUGCAGUGCGGGGCUGGCACGUCUGGCGUGACCAUCACCGAUGGAAGUCUGCAGUUUGAGGACGGGUUCUGGAUGGCGUGCCCUAGGAAUGGCAGCGUUGUGCUGAGCUUCAAGAAGGCCGGCCAGAGAACCCUUUUAGGAUGUGCUGAUGUUCAGCUUCUCAGCAUCUAGGAAGACCAUCUGAAACACCUGGAGAUGGACUCACUGCAUUGAUUCACGGGUAAUACAUGGUGGAUAUGGUGAAUAAUAUGUAGUGUUAGUAAUAUUUGGGUAAUCUGCAUCAUAUUGAUACUGGAUAUAGACGGGUUGCAUGGAAAUCAAGGCAAGGUAUGAGGGGCAUAACGUAACAGCAUGGGUGGACUCUUGGUCGUUAGGAUU